GUAAUAAAAGCCCCAGAACGCUGAUGCAUGAUAUCUGCGUUCUCUUCUCAUUAUUCACACUUACAAUCUCGACAUCUCUUUACUGAGGUCCUUAACACAGACGCAGAGGAAAAUCUUCUUCAAGAAUAAAGUGAUUUUUACAAGAUUGCACUCACCAUUCAAGCUCAUGUACGCUGUAUUAGUGGAUUUUUUCUGGGACAAUUUAAAUUGGGUUCCACGUGUGCUGUUUUUGCCAAGAGAAGAAGGUGGCCAAGGUCUCAUUCACCUACAAAACUGGGCAGCAGCCUUUCGCCUGCAAUUUCUGCAGAUACUUCUGGAUGGACCUGCAGAAUCCAACUGGAGAGCUGCAGCAUGCUCCAUUUUAAACAGCACAGAAGGACUGAACCUGAGACCAAACCUGGCAGAGGUGGACAGCAAAGCAGCACUCCUGGGAAUCAGGUCAGCUCGACUAACCACACAGCUGCUAGAGAAGUGGAAAUCCUCUCUCACUACUGAGGAGCUAAGCAUGGUGAAAGACUUGUUUGAAGAUGGAAAACCUUUAGUUUCCGAAGACCCUUUUCCGACUAUGCAUUUGACCCCUAAGCUAGACAAGGUUAUAGGUGCCAUUCUGGAUCCUGCAAAAUGUACGUUGGACUUCCUAUCAAGCUCAAUAACCCCAUGUCCAUGAGCCUUGACCAGACAAUGGAAGAAAGCCUAAGAGAUGACUUGAGAUAUUACUUCAUGAGUCCCUGUGAGAAAUACAGAGCAAGGCGACAACUACCAUGGAAGCUGACAGUACAGAUUUUAAAAAUAGUCAUGAUUACAACUCAGCUCAUCCUGUUUGGGCUUAACAACCAGCUCGUAGUGGCCUACAAAGAAGAGAACUUAAUGGCCUUCAAGAAUUUGUUCCUAAAGAGCUACAGUGGUGUGGAUGAGGAUGACUAUAGUCUAGCUGUCUAUACUAAACAGAGUGUCUUCGAUCAUCUAUACUUCAUCAUAGAUCAGUACUCUCAGUUAGACGAGCUGUCUGUGGGCUCGGUCAGCUAUGCCGAGGAGGAUGGAAAGAUCUGUCCUUUGGUCAUCUGUAAAGAGCACUACAAAAGGGGCAGCGCGAAGCAUUCGGAAAAAACCUAUGAUAUAAACGCCCAAACAGAGUCAGUUUGCCUAACUUUGGAUCCAAAAUCUGCUGAAACAUGGAGAAUAACCAAUGCCUCUUUUUUUGAGAUUGACUUUUACAGACUUGUCAAUAUAGAAAUCUCAUUCCGGGUAAAAGGAAUCAACCUACAAACCGUCCUUUCACACGAGUUGCCUGAUUGUUACACUUUUGCAGUUUCGAUUACAUUUGACAAUCAGUGCCAUAGUGGAAAAGUGAAAAUGACCCUUGAUAUUGAUGCUGUAAGCAGUGCAUGCAAAAACUGGAACAUUUCAGGACAUGCUCAGAAGAACACUCACUAUCUUCUAAUCUUUGAUGCUGUUGUUAUCCUUGUGUGUCUGAUCUCUUCUGUGCUUUGCAUUCGCUCUAUUUUUCUUGCAAUUAGAUUACUUCAGAGAUUUUCCAAGUUCUGUGUCUGGAAGUAUAACCAUAAAGUAUGUGAGGCAGAUCAACGAGAAUUUUUAAAUGGCUGGUAUAUCUUGGUAAUAAUCAGUGAUGUCAUGGCAAUCAUAGGGUCAAUACUGAAGAUGGAAAUUCAGGCAAAGAGCCUAACAAGCUAUGAUGUGUGUAGCAUCUUUUUAGGAACAUCAACACUCAUGGUCUGGGUUGGUGUCAUUAGAUAUUUAGGUUAUUUCCAGAAGUAUAAUGUUCUUAUCCUUACUAUGCAGGCAGCUCUACCCAACGUUCUCCGCUUCUGCUGCUGUGCUGGGAUGAUUUAUCUGGGCUACACUUUCUGUGGGUGGAUCGUUUUAGGGCCCUACCAUGAAAAGUUUGAGGGUCUGAGUCGUGUGGCCGAAUGCCUCUUCUCCCUGGUGAACGGGGACGACAUGUUCCCGACGUUCGCCGAGUUCCAGCAGAAGAACACUGUGGUGUGGCUUUUCAGCAGGGUCUACCUUUAUUCUUUCAUUUCUCUUUUCAUCUACAUGGUGCUUAGCCUUUUCAUAGCUCUCAUCACGGACGCUUAUGAGAGCAUUAAGCGCUACCAGAAAAACGGGUUUCCCAUGACAGAGCUGCAGCUGUUUCUGAGUGUGAAGAAGGAGUUCCCAGAGGGGGAGGAUGUAGAGAAUGGAGAGAAACGCAGCCCCAAUAGCUUCUCCUCCUACACUAUGCUGUGUGGCUGCAGAAGAGUUUCCACAGAUGAUUGUUCAGUUCUCAUCAGCUGAUCUCGUGAUAAAGAACGGCAGAGAUGGGGGACUCGAAUCAUAUGACUUGACUCGAGUCAGAUUUAAGUUGCAAAUUUGGACUUGAGAUUUUCUUGACAAUUUUUUUUUAAAAAACCUGACUUGACUUUGACUUGACAUUCAUGACUUGAGACUUGACUCGGACUUGAGUUAAAUGACUCAGAGAUGGAGGACUCGACUUGACUCGAGUCAGACUUAAGUCGCAAAUUUGAGACUUGAGACUUGCUUGACAAAUAUUUAAAAAAAGACUCGACUUUGACUUGACAUUCAUGACUUGAGACUUACUUGUGACUUGCACAUGUGUGACUUACUCCCACCUCUGAAGACCGGUUCCCUGAACUGAGGCAAGGCUGUCUUCAGUGGAAUAUCGGUGAUUGCCGGACUUUCAAAAUGCCUCCAUUAUAAUGUGUAGACUGUAUAUCAUCUACCCCAUCGUUUACAUGGGUAUUAGGAACGGAAACAUAACCCUCAUUAACCGAAGGAAGACGGACUGGAAUAUAAUUAAGGCUGAAGAGUAAAAAGAUUUGCUGGGAAAUGAAUCUUAAUGAGCAAGCACAAUGUUAUCACUGCCAUAUGUUACAAAUACAGGAAAAGAGGAAAACUAUUUUCCAUUUACUUGUUAACAGAAGUUAGAAGUUCUGGUCAAUUUCAAGGAAAUGGCUUCAAUGCAUGUUCUGCUUCAUUAACUAUUAAUCCAGCUUUUAGUUAUUGUUAAAAAUGAUUUAGCAAUUCAGCAAACUGUAAGAGAAAUAAGACUCUGGAUUUUUAAUAUGAAAUCACCGGCUCUCGCUUUUAUUUAUCUGUUUAUGUAGAUGGGAACAUAUUCAUGUGAGUCUGCUCUCACUUCUUGUUCUUACUGUAACUCACUCAAUAAAAAGAAAUUGAGAAAUCAAA